AUGGCUGUGAUGAUGCUCCACUCCAGAAGAGCCUCUCUCUUCCCCAGCACAAAUAACAACUUCCCAGCUCUCCCACCCCAGCUAGUCCCCUCUGCAUCCUCCCAGUCACAUCCCAAGACCCCAGCCCCCCAUAGCGUUGUUGCAGGAUUGAUCAGCCGGGAGGUAGACACCGGCCAGUACAUCAUUCCCACUGAGGAGCCAGAGGAGCCUGUCACUGCUCAUCAUGCUCACCGCAGACGCCACCUCAAGCGCUUCAGCUCCAGGUGGUACUCAGGCGCUCCUUCUGGUGGCCCCUUUGAUAGCACCCAUAGCCCCAACCAAGGUACAAGUAGUGAGAACAAGCCCCACAAGCCGCACUGCAAACUUCUAGGUGAAGGGAGGCCAAAUUACGGUACCGCCAACAAGCAGCGUCAACGCUACGUCACCAAAGACGGGAAGUGCCAGGUGAACCUGGGCCCCAUCGAGGACAAGAGCCGUUUCCUCUCUGACAUCUUCACCACUCUGGUGGACCUGAAGUACCGCUGGUUCCUCUUUGUCUUUACCAUGUGCUACAUUGUUACGUGGGUGGCCUUCGCAGAGAUCUACUUCCUAGACGCCUGGCUGAGGGAUGACGUGGCCCACGUCCAUGACCCGCAAUGGCAGCCAUGCUUCGAGAACGUGGACAGUUUCAUCUCCGCCCUGCUUCUGUCGGUGGAAAGCCAGAGGACCAUUGGCUACGGCUCCAGAUUGGUGACGGCCAACUGCAUGGAGGGAGUGGUUCUCCUCAUGGCCCAGUCUAUCAUUGGCUCAAUCAUUGACGCCCUCAUGGUCGGCUGCAUGUUCGUCAAAAUCUCCAGGCCUCAGAAAAGGGCCCAGACUCUGAUCUUCAGCAAACACUGUGUCAUAUCGGAGCGCGACGAGAAACUCUGCCUUCUCUUCCGCAUUGGAGACCUGAGGGCGAGUCACAUGGUGGACGCCAAGAUUCGAGCCAAGUUGAUAAAGUCCAGACAGACCAAGGAAGGGGAGUUCAUACCACUGGAGCAGUCAGAGAUCAACCUGGGCUACGAUACCGGAGGAGACAGGCUUCUGUUGGUUGAGCCUCAGACCAUCACCCAUGUCAUCAAUGAAAGCAGUCCUUUCUGGGAAAUAGGGGCUGAGCGUCUGACAAGGGAGAGAUUUGAGAUCAUCAUCAUUUUGGAGGGAAUCGUGGAGGCAUCAGGUAUGACAUGCCAAGCCAGAACGUCCUAUACUGAGGAGGAGAUUUUGUGGGGCCACAGAUUUGAAUCCUGCAUGUCUCUGGAAAAAGGGUCUUACCGGGUGGACAAUGGUGCAUUUGAUAAAACCUUCCCAGUCCAUACCCUCACCCUUAGUGCUAAAGAGAAGAGUGAUGAAAAAGAAGACGAGGUCCUCUUUUAGAUCAGUACUAUACACACGGAGCAAACAGCCCUUGUAUUAAUGGAAUUUCAAUACUUGUGAAUGCCUAGGUUUCCCUCCUUAAAAUUAACUUUCCUGUUGUCUCUAAUAUUGUGGACAAACAUUCUCCAAGAAUUACACAUUGACAUGCUAAUCUACAGUGCAUUCAGACCCCUUGACU